GUGAAUGUACACACCAUGACCGGCCACACGAACACGGUCUCCACAGUGCGCUGUCAGGAGUCUGACCCACAAGUCAUAACCGGAUCACAUGAUGCCACCAUCCGGCUGUGGGAUUUGGCCACCGGCCGAACGAUGUGCUGUCUAACCAAUCACAAGAAGAGCGUUCGUUCGGUCUUCAUUCACCCUACCCAAUAUCCUUGUGUUUGGUUGCUGCACGUUUUAAAUUUGGAUGAGCUUAAGUUUGGUGCUGUACGAAGAAAAAUCCUACGUACUCGCGGUCGUGUCCGUUACACCCAACUGGCUGUCUUCUUAUUUGACGAACGCGCCUUUAUGUCCCUUGAUGCAGCUGGCCUUCUCAAUGGGUGCAUAAUUUGA